AUCCCCAUCAGCCGCGACCGCGACCAAAUCAAAACGGCCCGACCUGAGCCCGCGUGCCGCGCGGCAAGCGUGGAGUAAUUGAGCCCGCCCCCGCGCGACCGCUCGCUGCCCCCGACACGGUCACGCCCCGACGGCGCCGAAUUGAUCGCGCGCGGCACGUAUAUAUAGCGGCCUCGGCGGUCGCCGCGGCAGCUAGCCGGUUGCUGGAAGGCACACGGGUCGGGGAGUAACCUUUCGCGCCGCACCCCCACCGCGGGAGGGAGGAUGAUGGCGAGCCGCCGCCACCACGACGCGCUGUGGGCGAAGCUGCACGAGCUGGAGGUGCAGCUCGCGGCGUACAAGCUCCUGCGCGCCGCGCGCGGCGGGGAGGACGCCGCCGCGCCCGGUUGCGGCGGGGACGGGGCCGCCGCCGGGACGACGACGCCGCGGGGCGGCGCCUGCCGCGGCAGGCAGUACGACGCCUACAUGCGCCGCCGCGACGCCAGGCGCGUGGCCGCCGCGUCGGCGGAGCAGCAGCAGCAGCAGGCGGCGAAGGCUCGGGCCACGCGCGCGGUCCGGUGCGCGGCGCGGGACGCGCAGGAGGCGGCCGCCGCCACGCCGCGGCUCGCCGCCGCUCAGGCGAGGAGGACGCCGCCGCCGGCGCUGUCCAUCCCCAGCACCCCGAGGAGGGACGCCGCGGCGCUGCCGAGGAGCAGGACCGUGACCGGCGGCGGCGGCGGCGCGGCGGGCAGCCCGGCGAGGCCGUCGCCGCACCACCAGAGGCGGAACAGCCUGGGCGCGCUGGCCGAGUUCGGCGAGUACGCCACGCCGAGGCCGUUCCUGAAGCGCGGCACGGGCACGGGCGGCGCGGCGGCGCCCGCGAGGCUGCGGACGCCGCGUGUGCACGACCUCCCGGCGAUCGACGUCGGCAACAGCACGCCGCGGCCGCUGCAGGAGCCCGCGCACGCCCACGCGCCGCGCCACGCCCGGUCCGUGUCCGAGCUGCCGUUCGACGCGGCGGCGCUGGCCUCCCCGCAGGCGCGGGCGCGGAAGCGGUGGGGCAGCCCGGAGAGGCCGGCGGCGAUGUUCUCGGCCGCCAGCGCCGGCGACUCGCACCGCGACCUGUCCAAGGGGCUCAGGAAGCUGCUGAGCUUCGUGCGGAAGGGCGGCGGCAGGAGCGCCGGCGAGCAGCAGCCUUUCCCGGCGCCCAGCCCGCGCGGGGGCGGGAAGCCCGUGAGCAAGGGGUGGGCGGGGUGCUGCCCCGUCGACGUCCCCUUGGCCGACCGCGCGAGCCUGGAGGGGCACCGGUUCCCCAUGACGCGCGCGGUUGGCAUCUCCGGGUGAGGAAGCCUUGAUUGCUCUGCGCCCAGGUGGUGGUUCGAGCUAGCCAGGGUGGUGUCGUUGCUCACUGGCUGGCCUCCGUGCUUAUUGGCACCGCGCAUGGGAGCACGGAGGAACUACUAGCGAUCAAGCCCGGCUCAGAAUGCAAGAAAAUUUGUCUUGUUCCUCCCUUUCUCACGUUGGAAUCGAGCUAUUUUUCCUUGUAGAAUUCCUGGGUUUCGAGUAGCUAGGGCGUGGCGACGAGUAGCAUCGUCGGGUGCUCGGAUUUUUGUUGUCUGUGGUUAGUGAUGGGAAUUCGUGGCUUUUCAUGGUACAACUACAAAGGUGGCUAAACACUUAAA